AAUCUGUUUAUGCUUGAUUGGUGCCCUAAUAUUUCCUUUGUUUCUUACUUUGGACCAGGGAAAGUUUCGUUGGAGCAAGGAAAGAGAGAGAGAGAGAGAAAGGAUGCGCCUGUAUCUUGGGAGUAGGAUGCUCCGGAAGAUUGUGGUGGGUGUCAGUGUUGUGAUAUGGGUAUUGUUAAUGGAGCCAUGUGCUGCAGCUGGGGUUGUGAACGGGAAGCUCAAGUCGGCCACUUUCUUGUCGCCCAAUUUCGUGUUGGGACCCGGUUCCGUGGAGAACAAGCACUACUACGACAUCGGUUUCCCCAGAGGCCAUGUUGCCCUCAAGAGUUUCGAUGCCCAAGUCGUUGACGAGGAUGGGAUCCCCGUCCCUCUUCACCAUACUUAUCUCCACCACUGGGUCGUCGCCAGAUACUACUCCCGCCCUGGCCAUCCCCAAUCCAAAGCUGACUACGUUUUCGCCAGGAACUCUGGAAUAUGCCAGAGGGAUUCCCUGGGACAAUACUUCGGUCUGGGCUCUGAAACACGCAAGACCGCCACAUUUGUUCCCGAUCCUUAUGGAAUCGAAAUCGGUAAUCCUGCGGACAUCCCUGCUGGGUUCGAGGAGAAGUGGAUGCUCAAUGUCCACGCCAUCGACACACGUGGCGUGGAGGAUAGGUUGGGCUGCACCGAGUGCCGGUGUGAUCUCUACAACGUCACUCAGGAUGAGUAUGGCAGGCCUCUCAGGCCUGACUACAUAGGCGGUUUGUACUGCUGUUAUGACCAGACACAGUGCAGGCUCAGACCGGGCUUUCAAGGCGCUCGCAGAAGCCUCUACCUGAGGUACACCGUGGUCUGGUCCGACUGGGAUACAUCCAUCCUCCCUGUUGACAUUUACAUACUCGAUGUCACUGAUACCUGGACUGCCCUUGAUAAAUCAUCCGAACACAGUGCAGAACAUCAUUGCCGAGUUGAAUACGACGUGGAGUCCUGCAAUCAAGCUACUGAAGCUGAUGACCUGUGCGUUGACAGCAAAAGGACAAGCCUUGCCCUGCCUACUGGUGGUUAUGUGGUGUAUGGUGUUGCCCAUCAGCAUUCAGGGGGUCUUGGUUCCAAUCUUUAUGGAGAGGUGAUUUCAAAAUGCGCAUGCCUUCUUUCCUCACUUUAUGUAUCUAUAUUGCUGGGUCAUUCGGAAAUUUCACAGAAAAAAGCACCAGCUUCCAUUGCUCAAGCACUCUCAAAACUGUAGCAUAUGUCACUUUGUAGAUCCUGGUUAUCUUUAAUUAGUCAGUCAUCCUAAUAGUUUCUUUAACCCUCUUUCCAUUUUAUCACCUGUUCACAAUUGGUGACCUCCCUCAAUUCCUCAUUAUCCAUGUAUAGAUAGUCUACCCACAAUCACAAAUUCGUGGCAGGAUCUUCGUGCCAUCUACAGCUUUUAAAGUUCUUAUAUGAUUAGUAUUGUCUCUUUAAGAUUAUCAUGGGGAUCUUGUAUCAAUUUGCUUAUUUUUCUGUAAUAUCUUUUGUGUUCUCCCUCAACCAAUGCUUCCUGAUUAUAUUUUCAAAAGGUACAGGCUGCAAGUUUACUCAUUCCCACUAAUUUCUUAUUAAUUCCCAGCUCAUUUAUGUGAUUCUCUUGAAGAACAUGCUGCCAUAUAUCCAGUUUAAAGUUGAAAUUACACCACUUACAUCACACUUCAUUGCUCCUCUGUUUAGUUAAGUUGUUGAAAUUAUUCCUAUCCGCAUGCGUCAAGGCUUUAUUGUCAAUAAUUCGUUAGGCUAAGAAAUGGUCGUAAGCUUUAUGGACUUUUGUGUGAUCCCAGUCCAAAGUUGUAGAGGUGUGGCUUGCUUGUAGGGGAAAUAGCCUUGGCACCCUGCAAUUAUUUGACUGAUGAUACAAUAGCAUUUGUCAUGCGUAACCGUUGGUGUUUAUUUCGGCUUGAGACCAGCAAUGAUGGUCUCACAAAGUGUCAUUUCUGUUAUGUUAUUUGAUGCCUAUACAUCUCUGACAUGUGGAGAUCACUGGCUUUCAAAUAGUCCCCAACACUGGCCUUUCAGAUUUCUUCUAGGGAACCAUAGCAGUUCUUUGUUACAUGCAAGCUAAGAAAAACAUUAGCUGGUAUAAUUCUCAAUUUGGGGUAUACCUUAGUCUCCUGCAUCCGACUUUAGAGAUAUUUUUGUCCAUCGCAGAUUGCCAUCUAUUAUAA